AAGAGCAGCCGAAAGCAAGAUACUUGUAAUGGUUUUUUCAAAGACGAUCAUUAUUCAUUCACUAUACAUAAAGUCACAAAAAAUAUUAUAGAGGAAGAAUAUCAUAAUCCACUCAAUUCAACUCGCUUAUUUUCUCUCAAGCUCACCCCUGACUCUCUCUCUUUCUCUUCGAUCAGCUCUCCACGUCGACGGAGCUCUCUUGUGUUGUUGUGCCUUCCUUCAUCAGAUGGCCUCUCCUUUCAUAGGAGAGAUUUGAGAGGCACGCAGUCUCCAUCCUUUGACAAAGGAACCGCCAUUUUUGAAAAAGUCAUAGUCACCAUGAAAUAAGGAGUUGCAUCUCUUGACGAAGUAUUGAGUUGUAAAAAAGUUUUUUUAGACGUGUCAGUUGCUGAUGUACUUAUAUGACUUGUUUUGUAUUUUAGAUUGAGUUAUAUAUUUAGCCUUCAUAUAAAUACUUGUAAUUGCCCUUUAUUUUAUUCACUUCAAACAUUUGGCCAUUUUCGGUAUUUUUUAAUACAAGAACUUCUACGUACGUUUUCAACUCUGUUACAAGAGUUGCCUCCAUUUUCGAUCGAUGUUGGGGAUGGUGGGAGUUUCCAUUCUUGACCAAGCUACUGGUCAAGUAUUGCAACUCUUGACUAAGGGCGUGGAACUCCCAUCAAGCAUUUGGUAAUUACUAAGGUCGUUAUGACCAGAAUAGCAUGCGUAUGUCUCUGUCUAACCAUUCAUGAUAGUACCGGUCCAAUUCUCUUCUAUCUGGCCAUGAAUGGAUCACUGUCCAUACAGAGAGAUGAUCCCGGUUCUUGCCUUGGGUAUAUGGUCGCUGACCGAUGAAUGAACCUGCGUUUAACGUCCAAGCCUAUUACCAUAGCCUAUCUUUUUGCAAGUCUAGUGAAAACAACGUGCAGGACUUCGGUUCAAGAAUCUUUGAUCUAGAUUUCAAAGAAAAUGAAGGAACAAGCAGAGUUUGCAAGAAGGCUUGGUGAUGGAGAAGAAGAUGGUUAUGAUGCUGUUGUUGUGGGGUCUGGAUAUGGUGGUUCUGUUGCUGCUUGUCGCAUGUCAAUGGCCGGCAUAAAGGUGUGUUUAAUUGAAAAAGGGAGGAGAUGGGAAGCUCGUGACUUUCCAACAGACAGCUUGAAGAUCAUGGCUGCUGUAAGGAUGGAGAACCAUAACUUAGGUGUCAGCUUUGGCCCAAAAGAUGCUCUAUUCCAGGUACAUGAACAAAAUGAUUCUGUAGCAGUGGUGGCCUGUGGGAUUGGGGGAGGUUCACUUGUGAAUGCAGGAGUUAUGGUGCCAACCCCAGUUCGUGCUAGAAGAAAUACAAAGUGGCCAAACGAAUGGGAAAGGGAUUGGGAUAUUUGUGAAGCUUCUGCUACAGCCAUGCUGGGAAUACAAAGAGUUCCUGUCAAGUUCCCAGCUGCGAAAGUCUUGGGAGAAUUAACUGAUGGAGAUAUUGAAAAAAGUUUUGAGACUUCAAUGAAGCUAAGCGUGAAUUUUGCUCUUGAAGAACCAGUGUCCAAUUCAAUGAAGUCUCAAAAAAUGGAUCCCUGCUUAGCCUGUGGAAACUGUCUUGCUGGGUGUCCUUAUAAUGCCAAAAGUUCUACUGACAAAAAUUAUCUACUUUCAGCAAUCCAGGCAGGAUGUGAUGUGAAAACAGAAUGUCAGGUUCACUACGUGGUUAAAAACCCAUAUCAAAAUUUUCAAGAAUGCAUAAUUAGCAAAAAGAGAAGAAGAUGGCAUGUUUACUUGAAUGAGAUUGACUAUAUAACUGCUGAUUUUGUUGUCCUCUCAGCGGGAGUUUUCGGCACAACCGAGAUACUUUUCCAGUCACAAAUGAGAGGAUUGAAACUAUCAGAUUCACUUGGGUCUGGAUUCAGCUGUAAUGGAAAUACUGUGGCCUAUCUUGCUGGAAGCCCUGCACCGUUGAGUUCAUAUGGAUUAAACAGAAAGCAACUUUCGAAGAUAACUUUUCAAGAACGGCCAGGGCCAUCCAUCUCUUCAUCUUACACAUAUUCAUCGGGCUUCACAAUCCAGGGUGCUGUACUACCAACAGCAUAUCCUUACCUGCUGUUUAAAGGGAUCACAACUUACGGAUGGCCAACUGGCUUCUGGUUCUUUCAUGGGGUAAUUGACAAGAUAAAACAUGUUACAAAUUUUAAAGCAAGCCAGGCAAUGGUACUUAAUGCAAUGGGAUAUGAUGACAACGAUGGGAAAAUUACGUUUCACAAGGACAUGAAUAGAAUUUGCUUUAGUCCACCCAAUGAUCCUUUACUCCCAAGAAAACUCAAUGCCUUUCAAAAGCUCACUAAGAAAUUAGGAGGAAUCCUCUUCAUGUCAAGGUACCGAAGCACAUCAGUUCAUCAUUUAGGUGGGUGCAAUGCAUCAUCAGAUCAUGUAUGUGGUGUUUGUAACCCCAGUGGUCAGGUUUUUGACCCAGAAGGUCCUGCCACAGUACAUGCGGGUCUCUAUGUAUGCGAUGCUUCUUUAAUCCCAUGUUCUGUUGGCAUAAAUCCAUCUCUUACAAUCGCAACUGCGGCUGAGUACGUAAGCAAGCACCUUGUGAGGGAUGUUCUCAUGUACAAGAACAAUAAUAACGUUGAACUUCCUGUUAAAUUUGAUCAUCAAAGUCCUCAUUCUACUCCCGAGAAGAAUACAAGGGGUGAUUGGCGAUCAAUGGUCAUCUUUAAAGAGACCAUGAGAGGUUAUAUUGGGGGUAUGCCAUCCACAGCUUAUUUGAAAAUAAAAAUGAACUCUGGAGAUAAGAAGGGCUCGGCUGAGUGGAAAUGGGGUAUAAGAGAAUGUCAUCCUCUUCUAAGAGGGAAAGUUGGCGGAUACGUGGAAUUUAAAGCCAUUGAGAAGGACAAGUUACAUGUCUUAGACGGGAAAAUAAAUCUGUGUAAAGUAGAUUGCAGAAAUCCUUACACUCAGUAUAUGCAUUAUCAUCUUCUCCUAGCAGCUUCUUCUGGUUCAAGAUAUGUUCUUGAGGGGAAAAAGAUACUGAAUCCUUAUCUCUUUGCUUUAUAUGCUUGGAGGGAGACGACAACAUUGCAUGUGACAUUCAGGAAAGUUGUGAACAAUUCAGGGGAAGACGAGAUGAAUCUCAAAGGCGAGUUUCAUAUCUCCAUGGCAGAACUUUUGAAGAGCUUGUUAAGCCUCGAAGGGAACAAUCGAGGGAUGCUCGUACGCCUUUUAUUACGUACUUUUCUAAGAACCUAUAUCGUACAGAUACCAAGAGGGAGUCACAAGGACUUCACCAUAUCAGAUUCAUGCCUUAAACGUUAUCCAAGCAGCACCUUGCACGAAAUAAAAACAGAAGAUGGUUUUUUUAUCAGUUGCCGGCAAUGGAAGUGCACCCAAAUCCCAUUGACUCUAGAAGGACCAAAACAACCAAAACCAGUUCUCCUUCUUAAUGGGCAUGCUGAGAGUUAUUCAUUGCCUACAGAACCAAAUGAUUUAGUCAGAACUUUACUGGAAGAGGGGCAUGAAACAUGGCUACUGCAACCGAGGUUGCAUCCUCUGAAUCCUUCAAACUACUUCACGAUUGAAGAUAUUGGAAGAUUUGACGUUCCAGCUGCGAUAAAUAAGAUCCUUGAACUACAUGGGCAGCACGCAACUAUACAUGUCGUUGCACAUUGUGUUGGAGGCUUAGCUGUACAUAUAGCUUUAAUGGGGGGGCAUGUAUCUUCAGCCCAUAUAGCCACGCUGUCAUGCACCAGCUCUUCAAUGUUCUUCAAGCUUAAUGCUUCAUCAAUGUUCAAAAUGUGGCUUCCUCUUAUCCCACUAUCAAUGGUUAUACUAGGAAAGAACAAAAUCCUGCCUUUGUUGGAAACAUCAAAGGCCAGUAGGCGUCAUCGGCUCCUGCAAUAUAUUGCCCGCUGGAUACCCCGGUGUGAAAGAUGCACAUGCAACGAAUGUGAGGUAUUUUCUGGCAUAUUUGGAAACCCAUUCUGGCAUGAAAACGUAAGCCCCAGCAUGCACUACUGGUUACACAAAGAAAGUUUGACAAGGCUUCCCAUGGCAGCAUUUCCCCAUCUCAGAAAAAUAUGCAAGGCUGGUUUUAUUGUUGAUAACAAUGGCAACAACUCGUAUUUGAUCCAUCCUGAGAGAAUGGCCCUUCCUACCCUUUAUAUUUCUGGAGGACGGAGUCUCCUCGUGACUCCAGAGACUUCAUUUCUUGCUCACAAGUACAUGAAGUUACACCAGCCAGCAUUUAGACAUGAAAGAAUCGUUGUGGAGGGUUUUGGGCAUUCGGACCUAUUGAUCGGAGAGGAGUCGUAUAAGAAGGUUUUUCCUCACAUUUUGUCUCAUAUCAGAUCAUCAGCUGAAGGAGGAAAAAAUGGCGAUACCAUUGCCGAGGGAAGGAGGUACACUAAAGAGUCCUUGGAGUGGGAAAAUGAUCUAUACGAAGAAUAUGGUGGAUUUAGGAGUUGGUUUCCUCCUUUAGCUGUCAUUUUGCUGUUUCUAUUCUUCUUUUUCUCAUCUUGAUCUUGUUUCUAGCUUGCGUCAGUCAUACUUGUAACUCUUUUUGCAUUGUUCCCUUUUGUGUCAUGUAGCCCAUUUGUUGAUUUGAUCCCAUUUUUACAUGUCAUUUAAAAAAGAUUUAUGUUAGGGACACGAAAUUUUGUAUUGAAGUAUGUAAAUAAUAGUUGCUUGUAAAUAGAUAGUUAGCAGUUAGUUUGUAAA